GUUCAUUCGCAAGGGCAGCCUAUUCGACGCCAUGUCGUCGCUACCCGACAUCCACGCGCCGCCGGCGCAAGUCACGAAGCCCGGCAAACCAAACACAGAACUCGUCGAGGAGAUCGCGGCCCUGCGCAAGGAAUUGAAAGUCGAGGGCGACCCACUUAAGCCCAGGCUCGUCGUGCCGGACUACCCGAUGCAGCCGUCGACGUCCUCACCAAAAUAGGGAUGGAGUUCGUCCGCGGCGCCCAGACUCCAUCUUCCACGAAGGCGCCGCCCGGCAGCCUGGCCAAGGACUGGACGUCCUGCAGCUGCCUCUUCGGCGACCCGCGCGGCGUGCUCGUCAAGGGCGCCGUCGUCCGGCUCAAGACGCAGGACGCCUUCUCCGGCGAGUACGGCGAUAUUGAAAAAUACGACGACGUCCAGCGGAAGUGGCUGGUCCGGCUGCACCGGCGGGAGGUGGCCAUCGCGCCCAUGAGCUUUUCGUAUGUCGAGCUGCACUUCGCGUAUAGGGUUAUGCUCGGCGACGCGUCGGGAGUACCUUCCAGAAGUACACAACCGUACGCGACAGGCGACGUCGUCUUCGUCGAGGCGCCGUGCGUCCUCGUCGGCCCGGACGCGCCGGCGCGGUGGCGCGCCGCCGUGGCGCUGAAGGCGCGCGCCAAGGCGGGCGACGCGGCGGCGCGGGAGGCCGUCGCGCGCCUCGAGGCGCUCGCGCCGCCGGAGCCUCUGUGUGAAACCUUCGACGCGCGCACGCGGCGCAUGCGGGAGGCCCGCGCGGUCGUCGAUGACUACAAAACGCGGAAGACGCGGUCCUUCCGCAAGAAGCAGAGCGCCGCGACCUACGACGCCAAGGUGCGCAAGGUGGCGACGUGCCUGCGGCACUUCGAGGUCUGCGCGCGCCAGCCGUGGGCGGCGUGCGCCGCGGGCACGGCCGUCUACGCUGCCGUGGCCGCGCUGCCGCACGCCUGCGCGCCGGCGCUGCGCAUGCUCAUCGACGAUGGGACGCUCACGGCGACGGCGACGCGCGACCUCGCCGAAAAUCAACUCUUGACGGUGAACCUCGGGCCGCCGCAGCUACCGGAGUGGGGCCGCGACGUGCGGCGCCGGUGGCUGCGGGACCACCACGGCUUCGCCUGCGAAUGCGCGACGUGCGCGCGCGACGACGCGAAGCAGGCGGCGCGCGCCGCCCGGGCCGCGGGGGCGGCGUCGCGCAAGGUCGACGCCGCGCGGGCGGCGGCGCGCGCCGGCAAGGCCCGGCAACCCGCCGCCGCGCCGGCGCCACCACCGCCGCCCGCGCCACCGAAGCUCGAGGACCUCCCGCCCCACCUGCACACGCUCGGCGCGCUCGAGGACCACCUCGCGGCGGAGGAGGCCUCGCGGCGCGCGACCGACGCGUACCUCGCCGAGCACUACGCCGAGUCGUCGUCCGGGGAGUCGGAUAUCGACUGGCGCGCCGAGGUGCCGCGUAAGUGGUAGACUUGUGAA